AGAAAUGGGUGCGUGUUUAUUUUUUUUCAUUUUCAGUGAAAAAAGAAGAGAAGACAUGCGUGUUCGGCCCUAGCCUGGGCAACAUCGCCAUGGCCGCGGCGGGGGUUGGGGGAGGAGGGGACUACGACCUUCCCAUCGAGGAGGUCGACGCCGUCCUCGCCUCCUUCUGCGGCGACCCCGCCGCCGUCUUCGCCCCGCUGCCGGCACCGGAGGCGGAGGCGGGGGCGUCGUGGGAGCUGUUGGCUGCUGGGGAGGGGCUGGGAGAGGUCGAGAAGUUUCUCAUGGAGGACUACGAGGGCGAGGCAGGGGUGGACGGGGUUGAUGAGUUCUUGGACGGCGUCCUCGUCGGGGACGGCGAGGACGACGGGAGCCCCAAGUCCACUGUAGAGAGGAGCGCGGAUGGUGCGUCCGCAAGGGAGGGUGAGGAGGUGGUGGGUGCGGAUGGCGACGAUGAUCCCGACAGUAAGAAGAAGAAUAGACGAAUGAGGAAUAAGGAUUCUGCCAUGAAAUCAAGGGAGAGGAAGAAGUUGUAUGUAAAAGACCUGGAGAUGAAGAGUAAGUAUCUGGAGGCAGAGUGUUGCCGCUUAAGCUAUGCCCUCCAAUGCUGCGCUGCCGAGAACAUGGCGCUUCGCCAGAGUUUGAUGAAGGAUAGGCCAGUUGGUGCUCCCACAGCCAUGCAGGAGUCUGCUGUACUCACGGAAACCCUGCCGCUGGUUUCACUGCUUUGGCUAGUGAGCAUCGUGUGUCUAUUCCUGACCCCCGGCGUGCCCAACAGAAGCCUAGUGGCUCCAAGCAUCCUCGGAAGAGAUCUUGUAAAGCUGGCCAGAACAUCAACAAACGGUGUAAAGAUGUUCCGAAUGACAACAAAGGGUGAUGAUCCAAGGAGUUUGGAACUCGUUCUCCUUGGGAGACGCUGCAGAAGCACAAGGGCAAGGAUCAGGUCACCUUUGUUGCCUUUGGUAUGCGGUAGCUGAUACCGCUGGCCAUCGUGCAAUCCUUCGCUGAGCUGUUAUUAAACAUGUUGGCACUUGGAACGCCUGUAUGCACAUCUGUUAAUCUUUGUUCCGCCCUUUUCUUGACACCUUGUUGAUGUGCUUUAAGAAAAAGCUGUAGUAGAAACUGGUGUUUAAAGUCCAGAUGAUCAAAGCAGAUAGGUAGAGGGAUUAGCAAGCUGGGUGGCAACAGUUGAUGUAGCCCUGAACCUUUCAAUCUUUCUUGUUGGCUACUUGGCCCAUAGCCAUAGUUUCUUUUCCCCCACUGA